AUGGCUGCUUUUGCUGUUAUCUGGGGGCAGAAAGCACAAGAAACGUCAGCUGUCACUCUCCCAGAUGAGUACAUCAAGGGCAAAAAGAUCACAGGUUCUGCCCCCAGCUUCACGAAGCAAGGCCCCCGAUUCCGUGGCACCUUGGAUCUGUGGGAAGAGAAUUUACACACUCCUGACAGUCUCGUCGCCUCUGCUUCGAGAAACGAAAGCGCUCAACUCCUCAACACAGCUGUUGCGAGCCGCGGUCGGGAUCAGACCCGAUCCUCCUCGGGGAACCGAGGGGCAGGGCGGAAAGUUGGAGAGAGAAUCUUUAAAAAGGAUUUUGAAGGCGGAACGUUAAAUGGAGCUGAAGCACGGGAGAAAAACAAGGACCAGGCAUGCAGAAGCUGUAUUUGCCCAAGACCAGCCGGGGAAACAAAGCAGGUAAGCGGCUUUGCUCCAUCCCAUCCCCGGUGUCCCACAUCACCACAAGGCAGACGUGAUGAGGCCAAGCAAUCACAGACUGGAACUCCUGAAACUGGAAUGGAGGCGAAGUUGUCUAGACCAGCUGUUUGUUCCAAUGACAGAAAGCUGUUCAGGGAAUGUGUGCCACCCGGAGCAGGUGUGUCUUCCCACAGCCUGAUCAAGAUAACGCCUACAAAGGCAUGCUCAGAAGCGCGAUCUCCCCGUAUGACGUCAUGGAUCCCAGUGGAAUGGCCCACCAGGAAGUCAUUCUUCUACCCAAGCGACUGCAGGAGAAAAGCCCUUGAGUGGGUCAAAGGUGAUGACAUCCGGUCACUCACCUGUGAUGACAAGGAUGCACACCGCACCAUACCGUAGAGGGAUACCACAAUGCCCAGAUGCAGUUUUCUUUCCUUGAUGGUUUCUGUUUUCUCAGGAAAAGUACUAGGCCCAGAGUCAAUGUCAUGGUAUUUGGGAAAAGAACUGGAAAACUCAUGGGAGGGUGAGUGGAUUAGAGGGACAUAAUCAGACAGCUGGGCCUUCUUGAGAGUUUUGGACAUGAAAUGAAAGUGAACUCAUAAGCAGAUACACAUAGUUUUUCUGCAGCCACACUUUCCUGCCUGCAUACAGGUGUAGAGGAGGUAGGAAUGUUUUUGUCAGGCUGGUGUGACAGGAGCAAGGAUAUUAAAUAUGUAUGCAGAUGAGGACGGGGACGAUGAAGCAAGGUCCGCGGAGGAGUGGCCAUAGUUUUUAACACCACGUCCCAUUUCCACGACCUCACAGUGUUCACUGUGGUGAAAGACAAACAUUUGUAGAUGCAAACAUUUGCAUCACCGGGGCUCUCGGCUCUUGGCCUCCAGCUGGGUAGAACUGGAAGUCAAAGGGAGUGGGAUAUGUACUUUCCUUCCAUAUGUCCUCCGCUUACUGUGCUUCCGGGAUGAUUCUCUUGUCAACCCCCCCUCACUCAGCUCUCCCUGGAGUCCAGUGACCUCCUCCUCUCCCGUUCAGGCUGUUGGUGGCAACGGCAUACCACGUGCCUUGUCUCUCAACACUCCAUCAUCUCUUCUGGGUCCCUUAGUCUAUGUGAAUAAGCCCUUCACGAAACUCCACUCAAGUCGUUGGGUGUGGGUCUUUUCCAUGCCAUUUCUUUGACAAGAGACAGCGGCCUAGAGAAAUAUCGGCCUUUUGGAUAGGAGGCGCCUGUGAGGCUGAAGAGCCGUUGUGGGUUCUUUGGGAGGGCAUGGCCAGAGCUAGGGAUGCUAGACAUGUUUGCAGACGCUGCUCCCUGAGCAUGAGAUUGACUGGGUAGGAUUACAGGAGGUCGUGGGCGUGGUGGUGGUGGUUGAGGUGGGUUGAGGAGGAGAGAGCAGUGGAGGUGAGGAGACUAACCUCCUGGCACACAUUUUAGGUGGCCACUAAGCCACAAAGAAUGUCAGAAAGAGCGGGAUGGAAAGAGAGCCAGCUUGUGAGCCAGACACUAACGUCUGCCGUGAACCAGGAAGAGGAGGCUGGCAGAUGACCGCCUCGGGGCUGAGUGGGUGGUGGAAUUUGAGGGUGUGGGUUUUCAGAAGAACUGGGGUUUUUCAGCUGGAGAAGAACUGCCUGUCAGCAGCAAUGGGGGCCAUGAAAGACACUCGCUCUGCCCCUGGGCUCUGUGGUAUGUGGGGUGUGGGAGGGGGGAAAACAACCGCUUCUUGAGAACGCUCUAGGGAAAACAGGUUUCGGUUUCCAGUUAGGGCUGUAGCCUGACUUCUAAGAAAGACAAUGAAGAAAAUGUCCAGAAAGGGCUUCUGAAGGACUUUGCUGGUGGCACACCCUGGGGGAUGCCGAGGGAAGGUUUGGAGACAGAAGGGACUUUGAGCUGAAGUCAGAGGGAUGAACAGAACCAUGUAGGAGAGAAUGUGGUGACACAAGAGGUUUGACCUUGGACAUGGGGAAGGUGUAUCAACCCCAAAUGCACGUGCGAGAGACUGACUCUCCACUGCAUAGCACUUACAUGGGAGAGCAGGGGACUGAAAUCCGGGAUACACUGCUCUGGUGGAACAGGCACACUUGGGGCGACAAAAGACAGAAAGAAGUCCACCCAAGCUACCUGAAGGCAACAUUGCUUCCAAGGGUGGCUGCAGGAGGUGGCGUUAGCAGAGACAGUCGCGGUUAGUCAGUAUCCUUGUGCUAGCCACCUUGGAUACUCAGCUCUGAGGAGGAGUUCUUUGCGUAGGUUCCAUCAUAGGCACAUGUGUAUGAGAGAGGCCUCCUUUUCAUGGCCUCUCAGCGCCAUCUUGUUAGGGUUCAACAUGGUUAACUUUACUUGAUACUGAGAACUUCUACAGGUAGGAAGAGUUUUGAGCGUGGUGGAAUUAGCUGUGGCCUUACUGGGAACUGAAGGACUUCUAAUUUUAGCUUCUUUUUUUAAGAGCAUCUUCAGAAGAAGUGUAUAGGGAAAGGUGGCUGUAUUAGUUAGCUUUCAGUCGCUGUAACAAAAUACCUGGCACAGAGAAGUUAGGUCUACCUGGCUAUAUGCGAUGCUGCUUUAGUUUCUGUCCUUGUCACUGUGAUGAAAUGCCCAAAAGAAGCAGCUUAGGGGAGUCUUGCUUUUAGCCUAUAGUUAGAGAGGAUACAGUCUGGAUGGAGAAGGCUACAGUCUGGUUAGAGAAGGCUACAGUCCAUCAUGAUGGAGAAGGCAUGAAGGGAUUCAUGGUGGCUCCCAGUUAUGGCGGUGGGGAAUGUAACGUGUGGCUUGUUCAUAUCUCAGUGGACCAAAGAGCAGUAGAGAGCUGGUGGAAAGCAAGCUUGAACUAUAACCCUCCGAUUUGCC